AUGCAUACAAAUGAAUGUAUACAUCGCGAUCUCAACGUUCCGAAAUUUUGGAAAAUUGAAGAAUUAGAAAGCGAUCGUAAAAUUAAUUACUCAAAGGAGGAGUUGGAUUGUGAGAAACAUUUUGUAGAAAAUUCUCCAAUUAUGAGUAAUGGUCAAAUACAAGUUCGAUUACCAUUUAAAGAGUCUCCAGAAGUUUUAGGUGAAUCAUUUGAAAUGGCAAAACGAAGAUUCCUUUCACUUGGGCGUCGAUUAGAGCGUCAGCAGACUAUCAAAGAGGAUUAUGUUAAGUUCAUGCUAGAAUAUGUGAUGUUAGGUCAUAUGAGUCGUGUCGACAACUUUGACAAUAUCACACCGCACUAUAUAAUACCUCAUCAUUGCAUAUUGCGGCCUCAAAGUACCACAACAAAAUUACGCGUCGUAUUUGAUGCAUCUGCACGCACAUCAUUGGGUCGAUCACUUAAUGAAAUCUUAAUGGUGGGACCUACAAUUCAGCAGGAUCUUAUUUUGACAUUAUUGACAUUUCGUUUAUAUCGCUAUGCACUGACUGCGGAUAUAUCAAAAAUGUAUCGACAGUUUGUAGUUGAUCCAAGAGAUCGUAAUUUUCAAUUAGUUAUUUGGAGAAAUACUGUUAAUGAACCUCUGCAACUUUUUCAGCUCAACACAGUAACUUACGGAAUGUCACCAGCACCAUUUCUGGCCAUCAGAAGCCUGACUUACCUUGCAAAUGCGUAUCAGAAGGAGAUGCCAAUUGGAGCUUCAGUUUUGAGAAAUGACUUGUAUGUUGAUGAAUUGCUUACGGGAGCAGACACAAUUGAAGAGCUUUGCAUCAAAGUAUCACAAGUGACUAAGAUAGCAGCAAAUGCAGGAUUACAAUUGGCAAAAUGGAGCUCCAACCACAAAAAUUGGGAAUUAUGGAUUCAUCAACUGGGUUGGGAUGAUCCAUUGCCUCCAAUUCUAAACCAAUCAUGCAUACAAAUUCAAUCUGAUAUGGAAUAUCUUAACCACAUUGAAGUACCUAGAUAUGUUUUAACAUCAUCAGCUUGCUACAGUCAGGUACACGAAUUUGCCGAUGCUUCUGAACGAGCAUUCGGAUAUUCUAAAAUUGUGUUACAUUGGAUGAAGAUGCAUUCGUCAACUUUAAAUUGUUUUGUAGCUAACCGUGUUUCUGAACUGCAAGACUAUUCGCGCGGCAUUACGUGGAGUCACGUCCCAAGUAAGCAAAACCCAGCUGAUAUAGUAUCUCAAGGCUGUCGAGCACGCGAGCUGAAGGAUUCGAUUUAG